AUGACCUUGUUUGAAAAUGUCACCCGGGCCCUGGCCAGACAGCUGAACCCUCGAGGGGACCUGACGCCUCUCGACAGCCUCAUCGACUUCCAGCGCUUCCACCCGUUCUGCCUGGUGCUGAGGAAGAGGAAGAGUACACUCUUCUGGGGGGCCCGCUACGUCCGCACCGACUACACCCUCCUGGAUGUGCUGAAGCCCGGCUGCUCGCCCUCAGACCCCAUGGACUCCGGGAAAUUUGGCUUUAAGAACAUGCUGGAUGCCCGAGUGGAGGGAGAUGUGGAUGUGCCAAAGACGGUGAAGGUGUCGGGGACUGCGGGGGUGUCCCGCAACAGCACCCUGGAGGUACAGACGCUCAGCGUGUCCCCCAAGGCCCUGGAGACCAUGCAGCAGGAAAGGAAGCUGACAGCUGAGCACCCGUUCCUGAAGGAGGUGCGGAGCCGAGGCGAGAACCUCUACGUGGUGAUGGAGGUGGUGGAGACGGUGCAGGAGGUCACCCUGGAGAGAGCCGGCAAGGCCGAGGGGGCCUUCUCCCUCCCGUUCUUCGCGCCCUUGGGAUUACAGGGGUCCAUCAACCACAAGGAGGCUAUCACCAUCCCCAAGGGCUGUAUCCUGGCCUUCCGAGUGAGACAGCUGAUGGUCAAAGGCAAAGAUGAAUGGGAUAUUCCACACAUCUACAACGAUAACAUGCAAACCUUCCCGCCCGGAGACAGGCCGGACGAGGAGAAGAUCACCCUUAUCCAGGCAUCAGAUGUGGGGGAGGCCCACGAGGACUUCAAGACGCUCCAAGAAGAGGUGCGGAGAGAAUGCCAGGAGGUGCAGAAGCUGAGCGCGGCCGGGAGAGGCUCCCUGCUCAGCUCCCUCAGCAAACUCCUGGGGAAGAAGCAGGAGCUGCAGGACCUGGAGCAGACGCUCGAAGGGGCGCUAGACAAAGGGCAUGAAGUGAGCCUGGAGGCCCUCCCCAGAGACGUCCUGCUCUCCAAGGAGGCCAUGGGCGCUGUCCUCUACUUCCUCGGCGCUCUGACAGAGCUAAGUGAAGUCCAACAGAAGUUGUUGGUAAAAUCUGUGGAGAAAAAGAUCCUACCUGUGCAGCUGAAACUGGUGGAGACCACAUUGGGACACAAUUUCCAUGAGGACAAAGAGGGGGUCUUCCCUCUGCAGCCAGAGCUCCUGUCCUCGCUUGGGGAGGAUGAACUAACCCUGACCGAAGCCCUAGUGGGGUUGAGCGGCCUGGAGGUGCAGAGAUCAGGCCCUGAGUACACGUGGGACCCAGACUCCCUGCCACACCUUUGCGCCCUGUAUGCUGGCCUCUCUCUCCUGCAGUUGCUGACCAAGACGGCCUAA